AUGGUUGUGACGAAACUCGAUAACAUGGCUUCAUACUCCACAUACACGGGAAAACCGAAAAUAUUUUUUCCAAAGAAGAUACCAGAGUUUUCGCUCGAUGGGAGCAACAGUAUAAAACAAAACGGCAGCGCCAAGGAUCUGGUUUCCGUCAUGGAAAACCUAAAGAAAGGCAAUCUCAUGUCUCGACAAAAUCAGACUUUGAACACCCAAGCUACCAGUUCAUCGACACAACAGAUGGUGUCAAGUACGACUUCAAGCAGUGCCUCAUCGAGCCAGAGGUUGCAGAGUUCAUCGCAGCGACUUGCGCACAUGGCUAACACUGAAAGGAAAGCGAGCUCCAUGAAAUCUGAUCUUUCUGAACUUAAAAGCUCUAUAUCUGAGAUGAAGACAUUGAGCAACACAGCUGCGAAAAAUUUCAGUCAAAGAAUAAGAAGCUCAAUGGAGAAUAUCGUUGAUCAAGAUGACUUAGCUGAUCGGAAUAUGCCCGUUAUUCGAGAUCUGAGUGAUAUGGACGACAUGGGCGAUAUUAGUGACAUGGGAGAAUUGUCCAGCGAAGGUCCCCUUGUUACUUUUCCAGAGUCUGAUACGCCACCACCCAUAACGGAAAAACCAUCCCUGCUUUCCAGCAGUGGCGCUGUUGUUGGAUCAAGCACAGCAAAUGAACUUAAAUAUAGUGCGGCACGGAUGACAUCUGCAAGUUCUACACGAGUUGUUGCUGAUGGGUACAGUGCAUCACGGUCUGCAUCCAACAGCACAAAAAUGCGCAGACUACAACACGGUGAUGUACAAUAUGCUGAACACAGUGCAGCUAGUGCGUCACACCGAUUACUUCAAGCAGAAGGCCUUACUGCAGAACAAAACGCUGCUUCUCUACAAGAACAAAGAUCGUUGAAAGCGGGCGAAGUAACAGCACAGGAGGCAAACAACAUGACGACUUCCAGUUCAAGACUUCAGACUGAAGCUUUCAGUGCAGAGAAAAUGGCAAUGGCUACCGCACAAGCUCGGCAAACAGUUACCUCGAGUGGGAUGUUUAGUCAUAAGGAACACUCCAGCGUCGCUCAUUCUAAUAUGACAAUUUCCAGUAAGAACUUGUCAACCAAAUCUACACUCCAUACUUCCUCACAGAUGAGUCAACUAUUGAAUGGAGCAAUCAAACCAGGAGAUGAAGAUCUAACUAAUUUAACAUUUGACGAUUUAGAUAAACUAAAUGGAAAAUCGAACCAAAAAGAUGUAGAAAUGGCUAUCCAAAAAUAUUCAUCUAGAUUGAACGCCUUUAUUACAUCUAUUAAGAAUAAUCAAAUGGAUAUGAAAAAUGCAUCAAUGCAUUUCAACAAAUUAAAUGAAAUGUUACGUCGAGCGUGGGCGGUGCCAACUUACGGCCACGAACUUGGAUAUUCUCUUUGUAACACACUAAGAGAAUCUGGAGGUCUUGAUAUACUUAUGGGCAAUUGUUUGGAAUAUAGCAAUCCUGAAUUACAAUUCUCAUCUGCAAAACUACUUGAACAAUGCCUUACGACUGAAAAUAGAGCUCAUGUAGUACAAAAUGGUCUUGAAAAAGUAGUGAACGUCGCAUGUUUUUGUACAAAACCCACAAAUUCAGUAGAUCAUGCAAGAAUUGGUACAGGGAUAUUGGAACAUCUAUUCAAACACAGUGAAAGUACUUGUGGAGACGUUAUCAAACUAGGAGGUUUAGAUGCAGUCCUAUUUGAAUGUAGAAAAAUGAUAUAGAAACACUCAGGCAUUGUGCAACAGCACUCGCUAACCUAUCCUUGUAUGGUGGUGCUGAAAAUCAAGAAGCAAUGAUCAAGAGGAAAGUGCCGAUGUGGCUAUUCCCGCUAGCGUUCCAUAAUGACGAUAACAUUAAGUACUAUGCUUGCCUAGCCAUAGCUGUUUUGGUUGCAAACAAAGAGAUAGAAGCCGCCGUCCUUAAAUCUGGAACACUGGAUUUAGUAGAACCCUUUGUAACUUCGCAUAAUCCUUCCGAGUUUGCACGAUCAAAUCUUGCUCACGCUCACGGUCAAAGUAAGAACUGGUUAAAAAGGUUAGUCCCAGUUUUGAGUUCAAAAAGAGAAGAAGCCAGAAAUCUAGCAGCUUUUCAUUUUUGCAUGGAGGCGGGAAUUAAAAAGCAGCAGGGAAACACAGAAAUAUUUAGAGAAAUUGGUGCAAUAGAAUCGUUAAAAAAGGUGGCCAGCUGUCCCAAUGCUGUUGCAUCUAAAUAUGCUGCACAAGCUUUACGACUGAUAGGGGAGGAAGUGCCUCAUAAAUUAUCUCAGCAAGUUCCUCUUUGGUCCAUAGAAGAUGUUCGAGAAUGGGUAAAACAGAUAGGCUUCUCAGAAUAUGCAACAAACUUUUAUGAAAGUAGAGUCGAUGGUGAUUUGUUACUCCAAAUAAGUGAAGAAAACCUUAAAGAAGAUAUUGGUUUGCAAAACGGAAUCAAACGCAAAAGAUUCACGAGAGAACUUCAGCAACUGAAAAAAAUGGCGGAUUACACUUCUCGGGACACAAGCAGUCUCAACGACUUUUUGCAAGGCAUCGGACCAGAGUACACCAUUUAUACAUAUUCAAUGCUAAACGCUGGUGUUGACAAAGAAUCCAUCCGAGGACUUAGUGAUGAACAACUAGAGAAUGAGUGUCGAAUUAAGAAUAGUAUACAUAGAUUAAGGAUUCUAAAUGCUAUUAGAGCAUACGAGUGCUGUUUGUUAAGUAAGGGUGAAGAAAAUAUGGAGAAGAAUUUGGACGUGUUCGUUAGUUACCGUAGGUCUAACGGAUCUCAACUGGCUAGUUUACUAAAAGUCCAUCUUCAGCUUAGAGGUUUCACAGUGUUCAUAGACGUGGAACGUUUAGAAGCUGGAAAGUUCGACAACAAUUUGCUGCAGAGCAUACGUCAAGCGAAACACUUCUUGCUUGUGCUUACACCUAAUGCACUCGACCGGUGUAAAAAAGAUACUGAUAGAAAAGACUGGGUUCACAGAGAGAUAGUGGCAGCGUUGCAAUCACAAUGCAAUAUUGUACCAAUUAUCGACAACUUUGAAUGGCCUAAAGCUGAAGAACUUCCUGAAGACAUGCGAGCAGUAUGUCAUUUCAAUGGUGUAAGAUGGAUACACGACUACCAAGAUGCAUGUGUCGAUAAGCUAGAAAGCUUCCUCAGAGGAAAAUCCAAUCUCGCUAAUCGACUUGACGGACAAUUGAGGGGUCGUGGGGAUACGCAGACCCCUGGAACUGCCACCAUUGGACGAGGACCACCGAACUAUCAGCGAAUGGCUUCCUGCGAGAGCAGAGGAAGCGAUAAAGCAGAUUGA